AUGUGUUUCUCUUGCGGUGCCUGGCCAUUUGGUCAACCUCAAGUCGUCCUCGCCGCAGAACCGACCAAAGAAGAGUACAUCUUCCUGGACGACAACCACGGGUUCUAUCCUGAUCAUCGGAAGGGCAGUGCUAGUGCCCCAGCUGGCUACUACGUCAAUGGCAUCUACCAUGGAACAAGCCCUCCCACUGCCUCAACUGGUUGGCCAUACACCUCCUCUGGCUACACUUGCUAUACCCUGCCCACCGCCUCUGCUCCGAUUAUUCCGUCGUACUCCCCGUACACGUACUCACCAUAUGCCACAGCUGCAGCCGCGACCUCAUAUCAAGUCCCGUUCGCCGCUGCGCCGAUCUGGUCUCAAUCUCCGGGCCCAGCGCAGGCCGCCGCCGCAGUCGCAGCCAACGCCGCCCUUGCUGCAAUGCCGAAUGCCCCAGCCUACUUUGUCGGAGCGACAGCAGCAGAGAUUCAAACCCAGAACGCCAUUUUGCUGGCCAACAUGCAAGCCGCGCAACAGCAGCCAAGUCAACUCGUGCCGUUCAAGCCUGGUCAGAGUCCGCAAUUCUGGUGCAAGGAACUCGACGGCAGCUGGACUUUGCGAGAAUAUAGCGACGCCUUGAAGCCGGACUUUCCAGCUGGUCAUUGGGAGAAACAUGCCACAAGUGGCUAUCACUACUACGUCCGUCACGCUACGUGA